ACACAAUGUUAGUUUAACAGCAAUAAAGGCAAAUGCCAAUGACACCAAUUCCGCAUAAUGCUAGAAAAGUUAUUGAAAACUUCAGCUAUGCACUUUCAGAUGCAAUUGGAAAGGGUUUCAGUUCUGUAGUGUACAAAGGUAAAAAUGAUGAAACCAAUGAAAUUGUUGCAAUAAAAGUUAUUGAUAAAAAGGGACUUAAAACACCUUUGCAUUAUCAAUUAUUGAGAUCAGAAGUAGAAGCAUUAUCACAACUAAACUCCAACAAUAUCAUGAGAUUGUAUAAGGUGUAUUACACUGAGAACAAUACCUACCUAAUAACAGAGUAUUGUGACUCUGGGGAUUUGGGAUCGUUAAUAACUAAAUAGGGGACAUAAAAAGAACCAUAGUUACAAAGGUUGUUCUAUGGAAUAAUGUAGGGGUAUAAAUAGAUGAAGCAAAAGGGUAAUUAUAGUCUCUCAUUCUAGGGAUUGUGCAUAGAGAUCUCAAACCAGCUAAUAUUCUACUAAAAGGACAAGUUCCUAAGAUAGCAGAUUUUGGAUUUGCCACAACUCCUUAGACUAUUGCCACAAUGCCCAAUGUUAAUGUAGGAUCACCAUUGUACAUGAGUCCUCAGGCAUUUAAGAAUAGAUAUUCUGAAAAAUCUGAUAUUUGGGCUUUGGGUGUUAGUUUAUUUGAAUUGCUAUUUGGGUAAGUUCCAUGGCAAGCAGGGAGUGAGAGAGAAUUGGCUUAGAGGAUGGCUACUGUUCCUGUGAAUUUCCCAGGAUAAAUUUCAGAUGAAUGCAGAGAUUUCAUUCAGAGAUGUCUGGUAGUUGAUGAGAACAGAAGAGCUACGGUUGAAGAAUUGGAGAGACAUGUUUGGUUACAAAGACAAGAGUUGCAAGUGAUUAAAGGGAAUGGAUUUUAGGGUAUUUUUAGAGGCAGUCAUGGAGGUUAGCAAAAUCAUAUUCAAUUUCACAAUAUCUAAAAUAAUGGUUUUGUCAAUACUACUUCUCCUCUAGGGGAUGCUCAUAAUAAAUAGUAGAUGUUGCUGUAACCAAGGGAAAGCAAUUAUGGAAAAGAAAAUACCUCUUCAAUACCCAGAUAAUAACAAGGAAGUAUUUAAUAACAACCCCUUAAAUCAGUUAAAAGAGUCCAAGAAUCAAGGAAGGAGUCAUAAGUGAAUUAAUCUAUGAAUCAAGAAUUCUCUAGUUAGAGAGAGGAGGAGGAGUGGAAUGAAAACAAAAAGAAUGAUUACAUUGUUGUAGCUUAAAUGAACUUUUGCAGAUAUUUAUAUAGAGUAGCUGCUUUAAUUGACAAAUAUAGAUUUGCUACUACUCCUUAUUUGAGAGAGAAAUUGUUGUUUCUAGUCAACAAGAACAUAAUGAUAAAGAUGAAUAAUCUCUAAGAAUUCACUGAGGGUCACAACACUCUGAAUUUAGAUAAAUUCUAAGAGUAUAUUCAAAAUUCUUAGUUUGGUAAGUUGAGUGCAGCAAUCAACUAAUAUUACCAAAAAUAUACCUUACAAUUUAAUACUGUCUGGUUGUGUCUACAGAAUCCAGAAUAAAAGUAACUCUUGGUUGUUGACAAAAAGUUUGAUGCUGUCUUUGAUGACAAUUUUACUGAGUAUGAAUCUUUUUAUAUAAUUCUCAACUCCAUUCUCAGAAGUGCAAUCAAAGAAAUUGAAUAUUAACUCGAAUAGAAGAUCACCUUUCAAGAUACCCAAUAAUUAUUACCAUUAGACAUCGAAGGAGGUGUAAUACUAUUGGAUUACUUGAUAACAUAUUUUUAAUUAGCAUCCCUCAUUCAAGAGUGUUUCGAAGAUCAUUAUGGAUUUGCUGUAGAUUCUAAAAUCGAAUAAAUUGCUGAUGGCAAACCAGUACGUCUGACCUUUGGACACUACAUCGAAAUCAGAAAUAAGAUAAAAUAACUUGAUAUUUGA